AUGCAAUCCAUUUUGGCGAUGAGUUCUGAUAAUCAUGCUGCACCAGUAUCGAACGAGGAUUCAUGUCAAGCUGUUGAUCUAACAGCUGAUGAACAACAACCAUCAACAUCUCAAAUUAAAUCGAUAACGGAACAAACAACCGUCGCUAGCGUAGCAAAUGGAUCUCAAUCAUCACCACGAUCAAAAGGGGGCAAACCAACAAAAAUCAUCAAAGUUCCAUCAUCGGCCAUUGAAUUUGCUAUGACAAAAGUAUUGCAAUUCGUCCUAUCUCGAGAUCAUGACGAUAUUGACAUAAAUAUAAACAAUCGAAAUGAGGCAACAGAUGAACAAUGGAAUCAGUUUAUUGAAAAUUUUUAUGCGGCUUCUCAUUCGAAUGUUGAUAUUGAAUGUAUGGAUGCGAAUAUAUCAAAAGUCGAUGAUUGUCUAUCAAAAGUCAAACAGUAUUGGCCACAAUAUCAAAUCGAUGGCACAAGAAACAUUUGGAUUGUAAAACCCGGUGCAAAAUCAAGAGGACGAGGUAUUGUUGUUUAUGAUCGAUUAGAAGAUAUUCUAAAACUUUGUUCCAGUGCAUUAUCAAAAGAUGGAAAAUUUGUUGUACAAAAAUAUAUUGAACGUCCACUCUUAAUUCACAGUACAAAAUUUGACAUUCGUCAAUGGUUUUUGGUGACAGACUGGAAUCCAUUGACAAUAUGGAUGUUUAAAGAUUGUUAUUUGAGAUUUUGUACCGAACAUUUUAGUUUAGAAACACGAAAUCAAAAUGUUCAUUUGUGUAAUUAUAGUAUACAAAAACAUUAUAAAAAUAAUCCCAUAAGACAUAACAAUUUGCCAGAUGAAAAUAUGUGGACAAAUAAAGAAUUUAUUGAAAAAUAUUUAAAACCAAAUAAUUUAGCCAACAAAUGGGAUUCACAAAUUUAUCCAGAAAUGAAAGAUGCCAUUCUCUGUUCAAUGUUAGUAGCACAAGAUAUUAUUGAUCCUAGGAAAAAUUCAUUCGAACUUUAUGGUGCUGAUUUUAUGCUUGAUGAAAGUCUAAAACCAUGGUUAAUUGAAAUUAAUUGUUCUCCCACAAUGGCUCGUUGUACAGCAGUCACUACCGAAAUGUGUGAUAGUGUUCUUGAAGAUACUUGUAAAGUAAUGAUCGAUCGACGAUAUAAUAAAUCAGCUGAUACUGGACGAUUUGAGUUAAUUCACAAAGGUAUUCCCGUUCCGGUGCCCACAUACAUUGGUAUUGAUCUCCGCGUAGAAGGAAAAAUGUGUAAAACCGGUCGAACAUCAUCGACGGCACAUCCGACAACAACGGUAACAACAACAACAACAACAGUAGCAGCAGCAGCAGCAACAACUCAGUCUGCUGGUUCUGUAAGCACAUCAGUAAAUCAGAAUAAUGUGCUACCAUCUCGCUCACCUACUAAUACCGAUGUAUUAUCCUUACGUUCUCAACAAAUAACAUCCGUUUAUUCUGCUAAUAGUAGUAAUACCGAAAAUCGCAUUGCUGUAAAACUACGACGUGAAAUGACACAACCAACGUUAACACGUGUUGAACUUCUAUCCAAUCCACCUCUCGAAACUCUAGCAUUAUCUCAAACAGUCGAUGAUAAUUAUCAUCAAUAUAAUCCAAUAAAUGGAAAAAAUUUUGUCAAAUUACUUCGUUCUCAACAAAACGAUCCACUCUUUAGUAUGCCCAUCAAUAAACUCAAAUCAACUUCAUCACGGAUAUCCGUUGAUUCUUUGCCAAUACGACAACUGAGCAGAUCAAAGAUCAAUGAUAGAUUGCCAUCUCCAAAAGAUCUCAUAACAAGUCUCAAUUUGAAUCAUCUACCACCAUUACAUACAACAAAUUCAAAAUUAUUAAAACAAAAAUUACUAAUUCGAAAAGGCAAAUCAUUUCGAAAACAAACGGUUGUAUUUACAUCACUAUUAUUAAUGAGAGAGCAAACAGCUUAG